UUUACGACUUCCUGUCACUUCAAGCAUACAGGAAGUCGUCAGCGUGUCAGCGAACCAAGGAAAUGGAGAGGAACAGGGCCUUACCGAUACAGUAACAGGCAACACAUUUAUGUAUAUUAAACGUUAUGAUGUUAAUUGACGUUUACAUGGUGGACUAAAGUAGAUUUUCGGAACCCAAUGGAGCCCCAUGAGGAAAAGCCUAUAAUCUAUACCAUGGAAAACAAGCCGAUUGUGACAUGUGCUGGGGACCAGACCCUGUUCGCGGCCCUGUACAGCGCACUGGCACAGCAGCUUCCUCGCGAGCCCAUGGAAUGGAGGAGGUCUUAUGGGAGAGCGCCAAAAAUGAUCCACUUGGAAGCAAACUUUGUCCAGUUCAAAGAAGACCUGCUCCCCAAAGAGGGGAACAAAGCUCUCCUCACCUUCCCCUUUCUUCACAUUUACUGGACAGACUGCUGUGACACGGAGGUGUACAAGGCAUCGGUGAAGGAGGACAUGCUGCGCUGGCAGACGACACUGAAGCACCACGGCUCUCAGGACUGGCUGAUCGUGGUGGUGGAGAGCGAGGCCAAGAAGAAGAACAAGACCAACCUGCUGCCGCGCACCUCCAUCAUGGACAAGAUACGCAACGACUUCUGCAACAAGCAGAGCGACCGGUGUGUGUCCUUGGCCGACCCGCUGAAGGAGUCGUCUCGCUCCCAGGAGUCGUGGAGCUCCUUCCUGACCAAGCUGCGCACGCUGCUCCUCAUGUCCUUCACUAAGAACCUGGGCCGCUUCGAGGACGACAUGCGAACCAUGAGGGAGAAGCGCACGGAGCCUGGAUGGAGCUUCUGUGACUACUUCAUGGUGCAGGAGGAACUGGCCUUCGUGUUUGAAAUGCUUCAGCAGUAUGAAGAUGCGUUGGUGCAGUACGAUGAACUGGAUGCUCUCUUCACCCAGUAUGUGCUCAACUUCGGCGCUGGAGAUGGGGCCAACUGGCUGGGCUCCUUCUGCCAGCCGGUGCGCAGCUGGAACGGGCUGGUGCUGCGGCGUCCCAUCGACAUGGAGAAGCGGGAGCUGAUCCAGCGCGGCGAGGCCAGCCUGCUGGACCUGCGCAGCUACCUCUUCUCCCGCCAGUGCACGCUGCUCAUCUUCCUCCUCAGGCCCUGGGAGGUCACGCAGAGGGCCCUGGAGCUGCUGCACAACUGCGUCCAGGAGCUACGCCUACUGGAGGUGUCUGUGCUGCAGGGGGCGCUAGACUGCUGGGUGUUCCUGAGCUGCCUGGAGGUGCUGCAUCGCAUCGAGGGAUGCUGCGACCGCACACAGCUGGAGGCCAACUGCUCACACACCGUGGGCCUCUGGACCUACGCCACGGAGAAGCUGAAGAGCCUGGGUGACCUCUGUGGUCUGGUGUCCAAGAACGGGCCCAACUCUGAGGACUUGAACCGGACCGUGGACCUCCUGGCUGGUCUUGGUGCUGAGAGACCAGAGACUGUCAACAGCCCACAGAGCCCGUACAAAAAGCUGAAGGAGGCCUUGUCGUCAGUGGAGGCUUUUGAGAAGCAUUACCUGGAGCUGUCUCAUGCUGCUAUGGAGAUGUACACGGCCAUCAGUCGCAUGCGCUCGGCCCGCCUGGUGGGGAAGAGCCUCGCCGAGUUCUACAUGAGGAAGGGGGAUCCCCAGAGUGCGGAGGGGUUCCUGCAGGACUCCCUGAAGUCCUACGUGGCCGAGGGCUGGUCCCUGCAGGUCACACACACGCGGCGACAGGUGGCCGAGUGCCAGAAGCUGCUGGGACAGACCGAGGACUAUCUCCAGACGAGUGCCCUGCUGGCGAGCGAUGCCAACCUGACCGAAGAGGAGCGGAAACACUUCUGCCAGGAGAUCCUCAGCUAUGCCAACCAGGCCAGCCAAGCCCAGGACCCCAAGGUGUCCCUGAGCAUGGUGGCGUUUGCCCAGCUGCGCGAGCUGCGCUUCCAGCCGGCCUGCCCCACGGUGCACGUUGGCGCCGCCCUGCAGCUGGAGCUGCGCCUCUGCAGCCUGAUGCCCGUGGCCGUGCGGCUGGAGCAGCUGGCUGUCAGCCUGCACUUUAGCGUGGAGCAGCCGGGCGGCCACAGGGGGGCGCCCACGCCCUCCUCGUCUGCCCACACCACGCCACAGAGACGCAACCCAGCCCAGAGCAGUGGCAGCACUAGUGGUGGUGGUGUUGGGACUUUACCCAGCGGGGUUUCCCCGGACGGGACUGUUGUGUUCCCGGCUGUGAGCCCUGCAGGAGGGGGACCCCUAGGACCGGGCAGUGGGGGUUUGGGGACCCCGGGUGGGUUGUCUGGAGCCGGAGGUCCGCCCACCACCUUGGAGCUGUACGAGAUCCAGGACCGCAGCCCGUCGGACAACACACUCAACACCACCGGCGUGGUGUGUAAGAAUGUUCACCUGCUGCUGCGGCGUCGGGACAGCGCCACCUCGCUGGACACUCCGAGUACUGCUGCUGCUGUUGUUGGGGGUAGUGGUGGUGGUGGUGGUGGAGGUGGAGGUGGAGGAGGUGGUGGUGGUGGUACGGGAGGCUCCACGGGGUCAGGGGGUACCACUGCCUCGGUUGCCAUGGAGGACAACACCCAGAUGCUGAAGACUCAGGAUGUCACGCUGUUGCCGGGCAACAACAGCAUCCCCUUCACAGCUCCGAGCCAGAAGGCCGGCACGUACACGCUGCGGCAGCUGAGUGCGACGGUGGGCCGUCUGCAGUUCGUGCUGCCCCACAUCUACCCCACAGUUCACUACGACGUCUACUCCCAGGAGCCUCAGCUCACUAUCGAACCGCUAACAGACAACCUGUUGGCCGGGCUCCCUCAGAAGGUGAAGUUCACCAUAGUAACGGGACACUACGCGGUGAAGAAGGGGGAUGCCUUGCAGCUUAGCAACACCGACUCCAUGCCCAUACUGCACAGCAACUCCUGCACGGCCAGAAUUGCCUCCAGCACAGGGGAGCUGGUCGGAGAGAGUGCUCUGUCCAUCCAUUCGAGUGAGAAGGUGACGAGUAUCUCCCUGCCCCCCACGCCGCCCUACCACACGCUUGAGUUCCAGCUGGACGUUCUGUGCCACAUCCCCGCCUCCCCCUCCCGGCCCGACACCGAGCGCCUCACCAACGGCGAGGUCCGCCACCGGCCCAAGAGCCGCACGCGCUACAACAGCGGAGUGGCCGUCGUCGACCAGAAGGUGUCUAUAGACUGCCCCUGGUCUAUAUACUCCACUCUCAUCUCCCUCACCUUCCACAUCCCCUUCAAAGCGAAACACUCCCUACUGUCAGCCGGGAAGAGGAAGUACAUUCAGGUGUGUCUGCAGAAUGUGACCGACUCCAGCUUCCGACUGAUGGAGCCCACUGUCACACAGCGGCAACAGAACUCAUCACUGGAGCUCCAUUCACUCAAUAACAAGGCCCAGCAACUGGUGUACAGUAAGCAGAGCGCGUUCCUGCUGUGGGAGGCCAAGUGGGUGUCGGAGCCGCCCGCCUGUCUCCAGUUCAGCUUCUCCGCCAGUUUCGCCCCCGCCGAGCCGGCAGACGCAGAGUUCAAGCCCUACUGCUACGACUUCCAGCUGGAGAGGGUGUCUACUCUAUACUGCUUGAGGGCGGAGAUCCGGCCGGCGGAUGGCGAGCAGCAGUGUCGCAUGGGGACCCUCUGUGGCCUCGAGGUGUCCAUCACGCGCCUGACCGAGCCCAGCGAGGCCGAACGCGACGAGGAGGAACAGACCACGGAGAUCGAAGGACUGCGCACCACCAAGCUCAUGUAUGAGGUGGUGGACAACAGCAGCAACUGGGCGGUGUGCGGUAAGAGCUCGGGCGUGGUGUCGAUGCCCGUGGCGGCCAGUGCCACUCACCGGGUGCAGAUGGAGGUGAUGCCCCUCUUCGCCGGGCACCUGCCCUUCCCCAGCGUCAAGCUGCUCAAGUACCUGCCACACAACGCCACCCCUGCCAUCCAGCCAGACACAGUAGACAGCUGCCUGGAGAACGACAACCUAUCGCUGCUGGACAAGGGCCUGGAGGACGGGGCGGACACGGCCAGCCUGCGCAGCCGAGGCAGCAUCCACUCGCUGGGCAGCGGGGACCAGCCGCAGCCCCCGGCCUCGCGCGGCCUUCCCAUGCCCCGCCUGGAGCCCUUUGGCCCCGGACAGGUGUUCAACAGCAGCCAGGGCAGCCAGGUGCUGGUGCUGCCAGCCACCGAUGAUCACAUCCUGGAGGUCAACGCCACAUGACCCCCAUAACCUUCACCUUGACCCCUGUACUGCUCCAGAGCUUUUGCCCCAGCCCCAACACCCGCCUACCCACAAUGCCCCAUGGUCCAGACAGGUGCUGGUGCUGCUGGCCACCGACAACCACAUCCUGGAGGUCAACGCCACAUGACCCCAAUGACCUUGACCUUGACUUCUUCAAACUGUUCCAGACCUUUGACCCCAGCCCCAACACCCAGCCCACCCAAUGCCCAUGGUCCAUGUUCUUUCUGUCUUUCUACAGCCCCUGUUCUGGAUCUCUCUAACUUUCUCCCGCCACCACAGCUCUACAACUUCCCAACUCCCCUCCCUACCUCCCCUGUUUCUUCCCCGGAGGACUAUGUGUUCCACACUAUAGACGUGUGCAUUAAUGUCUAUGUUCCAUGCCUCCUAUCCAUUGGCGGAACAAUUGCACAUAGGGCCCUAGAGCAAGACACUAAUGGGGCCCUCCAUGUGGCCUACCAUGGUUACAAUCUGGCCCCCCACCACCAAUACAGGAGGACCCUGGGCCCAGGGGCAAAUGCCCUGCUUGCCUCCCGUAUAUCUCCGCCCCUGCUCCUAUCCUCUGUUCCUGUUUAUGGGAAUUACUGAUGAGGGGAUGGAGGUCAAAGGUCGUGUACCCUGCACUUCCCAUGUCUCACUCACUUCCCCUGCUCUGUGUUCCAUAGGACUGGCAGGUUGGGUUGGUGGUCAUAUCCUGCCCCUCUCCCAGACUAAAAAAAAAAGACAUAAAAAGGACAAACCGAACAGAAAACGACAGAACACUGGUUUGAACAUUUGUUGUUGGGUCAGAACCUGAGAAUUUACCUAACUGUCUCUCUCUUCUAUUGAAGUCCUCUCACUGAGACAAACAUUUCAGAUUAAGCUCUUUAUCCUCUGUCUUGCUCUCUGGUGGACAAACUCUCUCUCGUCUUCAAUACUGAGCAUAGCAAAUGGAUUAAGUAUCUGAGAUGCUUGAAUCUACUGUUCUCUGCGAGCUAUGAAAUUCAUUUUCUCUUGGUUUGGUCCUGACUCACUGUUGCGUCCUGUAAUCCCACCAUCACCCUUCUGCUACAAAUGGGAACAGACACACACACACACACACACACACACACACACACACACACACACACACACACACACACACACACAC